AUGAACGCAGCCGCCGGGGGCGGAAGGCCCCGCGGCCUGAGAUUUAGCCGCCGCGACCCUGCAGAAAGCCUCCGACUCAAACCGUCCUCUAUUCCUGAAGAUUCCUUUUCUUCUUCCUCUUCGUUUUCUCCUUCUUACUCUUCUUUUUCUUCGUCUUCAUCUUCUUUUUCGUCUCUUGCCGCGGCCUCGAUUCCGCAGACCCGUGGAUCGGCGGAGCGGAACGCCUCGCGGCUCUCGCCGGAGUUGCGUUGUGCCGGUCGCAGGCUGCCUGAGGAUGCUUCGCGGCGCCUGCGCCUGUUGCGUUCGCCUUCUUUCUCGGAGGGGGAAGACGCCCACAGCGACGCCGGACGAGACUACGCAAAGCGGAGACCUCGCGCAGCAGAGGCGAGAGAAUACAAGAGGCUCCGCCGUGGGCGGGACGCAGAAACCGCGCUGCGUGAGGGAGGAGAUGAGCGUUUUGGGGGACGCCGCGAGGAAAAGAAAGAGGACGGUCGACAAACGGCGUUCUACGCGGCGCUGCAGGAGGGCGUAUUUGCUCAGAGGCUGUGGCGCGUCAUCGACCCCUCGGGGCCGUGGCUUCUGAAGUGCCGCGGUUUCGAGGAGGAACUCGGCGAAGAUUCGCGGCGACGCCUUGACUUUGCUGGAGCAACCGGAAGAGAUCAUCACGAAGCGCGAGAAGAAGAAAGGCAAGAAGAUGAGGAGGCAGAACGAGAAGAAGAUGAAGAAGAAGAGACGCAAGCUCUCUCUGGCGAGAGUGCGACGGAUGCUGAGGAAAGCAACCUCGCCGCCGGCCUCGCCUCCUUCGCACUCUCCUCAGCUGCGCUGGUUCGGCGCGUGAGCAGUCUCCUCUGCUCGGCCUCCGCGGCCUCCACGUCGAUUCAGAUCGCCUCCGCUGAGCCGGCGGGUGCUGCAGAUGAGUCGCCUCCUUGCGAGCGGGUUCUCGUUCUCUCCGAGGUGAUUGAAGGCAUUCUCCCACUCCGCGUCCGCUUGCCUCUGUCGCUUCUGAGCCAGUCUGCCGCGGUGCUGCGGCAGCAGCUCUUUCUCCCCAGUCUCGCGCUGCUGGCUGUCUUCCAGCGCGAGCUUGCGCAGCUGCACGCGAAGGUCUUUCCCGCCGCCUCCGCGGCGGAGGAGGAAGGCGCUCGCGGCGAGGAGGCGCUCGCCAAGCGCAUCCGAAAGGCGGUCGCCGUGGAGUUCCUCGCGCCAGCCUUGCGCGUGGCGGGGGAGUCCGCGGCUGCCUCUGCACUGGCGCCGCUACUGCCUUCCAGAGACCUGACCACCUCUCUCACCACGCCUCAGCGAGCUCCGUCGCCGUGCGCCGCCGAGGCGACAUCCCCAGAGACGCCCACCUGGCCUGCGGAGCUUUUCCGCUGGACGCGGCCGACGGCUGCUGCGUACUCGGCGCUGACUGCAGCAUUGCUGCCGCCUCCCUGCCGAGCGGACGUCUACUCGGUUUUCUCCUCAAAAGCUGCUUCUUUUGGUUCCCUUGAUUUUUCUGCGUCUCUUGCACCUGCUGCGCCUUCGUCUCUUGCACCUGCUGCGCCUUCGUCUUUUGCGUUGCGCCGCGAUGAGAGGAAAGUCGAAAAGGCGAGACCUCCUGCCAGCGGCGUCGCUGUGGAGCGCCACGCGCCCCUGACGAAGCCGGCAGAUUUGUUCGCGGCAGCCGCGUACCCCCCGCGAGUCGCCGUCGAGCGCGUGGAGGCUGACGGCGACACGCUCUCUCGGCCGAAAGCCGAAAUCCCCGCGAUGAGAAUCGUCGUGCCCAGCCUCGAGACGCGGCGACGCGACACCGGAGGGCGCGGCCGCGGGCUGACGCUCGCCGCGAGCGAAAAAUCCCUUCAAACGAAAACCUGA